AUGCGUCAGAAAAGGGCUAAGGCUUACAAGAAGCAGAUGUUGGUUUAUAAUCAUACGUUUAAGUUCAGACAGCCAUAUCAAGUAUUAGUUGAUGACCAACUGGUCCUUGAAACCAAUAAAAGCUCCUUUGACUUACUCAAGGGCUUGAAACGUACUCUUCAAGCUGAAGUCAAGCCCAUGAUAACCCAAUGUUGCGUGCAAAAGUUGUACGAGUCGAAAAACCAGGGUGCCAUAGCCCAAGCCAAAAUGUAUGAAAGACGUCGUUGUAAUCAUUACAAAGAACCCAAAGAACCAUCUGAAUGUAUCAGGAGUGUAGUUGAUAUAAAUGGUAGGAAUUUGCAUAGGUAUGUUGUAGCCACCCAAGAUAUUGAAAUAAGAAGAAUCCUAAGACGUGUGCCCGGUGUUCCUCUAAUAUAUAUGAAUAGAUCAGUGAUGGUCAUGGAACCGCUAAGCUCCAACAGUCAGCAGGUUAGUCAGCAGGUAGAAAAUGAAAAGCUUGUUAAAGGAUUGAAUGAUCCUAAGUAUGCAGGCACUCCUAAUAAUACUGAAGAUGCAUCCGUGGAUCCAAAGAGUCCAGACGCUAAUCAAUUAAAACGAAAAAUAAAGGGUCCAAAGGAGCCAAAUCCACUAAGUAUUAAGAAACCUAGAGUCAAUAAAGCUCAGCUUCCUAGUGAGGAUGUAUUUAACUUAACUGAUAAAAAAAAAGGAGGAGGAAGCAUGGGUCAUCGCAUAUUCGUAACGACUCUCCAUCGUCCAAUGAACAUUCGGAUUAAAUUCACCCAAGAAUAUAGAGAAGAGUAG